CUUUGGAAGAACGGCUGAUGCUAAAGGCAUUCUAUUUAACGCGGCUCGGAGGGAGUGAAGUCGAAUGCGGAAGGUGUGAAGCCCCACUUUGCGCUGCUAGCCGCCCGCAGCCUCACGCUGAAACUCAGAGACACCGGACGAUAUCUAGAUGCGGGCCGGCGCUUGUAUGAUUAAUAUAAGGGGAAUCUUUGCUCUGGACUCAAAAGGUAGCAGAAUGUCAGUCGUGUAACGAUGCUCGCUCAAACUGCAUACUUGGCGGCGUUUCUGAUCGCAGUCGGUGCUCAAACUCCAACGACGAGCAGCAGUCCUUCGCUCUCGGCUCAGACGACGACGACCUUUUUCCUUCCACCAGAGGCCACGGAUAAUGGAUUCGCAGCAACGAUAGUCAAAGCCGAUGCCUGCGCAACAACAGUGGGCUUGGUGUGCACCUCUGGCAGCGAAGCAGGGGCUUUUGUCCUGUGCGGACCUGAUGUCACGGCUUACGCAACAUAUCUCGGAACGACCAGCUUCACGUUUUUUGCGCAAGCGAGCAUGGGCCCCGACAUAGGGACGUACAUGCAAGGCUGCCAAAUCGACGGGACAAAGAGGGCCGUGUGCAGCACUACCACUCGAGUCUCAACGCACGGCAAGACUUUAUUGCAGUCUGCGACGACGACGUUGACGGGGCAUGAGGUUCACUUCGCGCAGGUUCUUGUUACCGCGGGUGCUGCGAAGCUGCGGGGUUUGUCGACGGCAACAUCGUCUUGCGCCGCCGCGUUGACUGCAACAUCUGCGGGGGCUGCUGCUACGGGUGUUGCUCGGCAAGCAAUCAUGGCGCUGGGAGUACCUGGGGCGGCGGCAUUGCUGGUGGGUGCAAUCGUGUAGCACGGUGAAUUCACGGCGAGUCUAGAGGAUCAGCGGCAAAGGAGAGUUGAGCCAUAGCAGAAAG